AUGUCGAAUCUUCCUUAUGCUGCAGAUGCGGAAAGCCCGCUAAAGCCUGCUGAGUUACAAGUCCUUCGCGCACAAUAUGAGAAGGAAGGCGACUACGUCGGAAUCCAAACAAAAUUCAAUUACGCAUGGGGCCUGAUCAAGUCAAAUACGAGAACCGACCAGCAGGAAGGUGUCCGCCUCCUCUCCGAGAUCUUCCGCGGUGCGCCCGAGCGCCGACGAGAAUGCCUUUACUAUCUUGCCCUGGGCAACUACAAGCUAGGAAACUAUGGUGAAGCGCGUCGAUACAACGAUCUACUGUUGGAAAAGGAGCCCGCCAACCUGCAAGCGGCGAGCCUGGGCUCUCUCAUCGACGACAAGGUGGCCAAGGAAGGUCUGAUGGGUAUCGCCAUUGUAGGAGGCCUCGCCGUGGCGGCAGGUGUCGUGGGUAGCCUGAUUAUGAAAGGCGCUCGCAGACGAUGA